GUAGCACUUGGUCUGAUGGGAAACAGCUAAGCAGGUUUAACUAUCUGACCAGGACUUGGUCAAGAGCCCUGUCCUCCACCAUGGCCAUUUUAUCAAUCUGGCUGACUAGGAAGAUGUUUCCCUUCAAGGUGAGCAAAUGGAUGAGACUUGCUUGCCUCCGAUCAAAGGUGGUCUCACCCAAUAUUCGCCAGAAGAAACUAAUCCACAAGCUGCAAGACGAAAAGACUUUUCAGGAAGAGAUGAAGAUUUUCCAUGAGAAAAUAGAAGACUUCAGGGAAGAGAUAUGGAAUUUCAGAGCCAAGAUCCAUGCUUUCCGGGGCCAGAUGCUGGAUUUUUGGGAAGAGGAGGGACCUUUCUGGGAAGAGGAGAAAACUUUCUGGAAAGAGGAAAAAACUUUCUGGGAAAUGGAAAAAUCUUUCAGGGAAGAAGAAAAAACAUUUUGGAAAAAAUACCAUACCUUCUGGAAGCAGGAUAAGGCCUUCUGGAAAGAGGACAAUGCCUUAUGGGAAAGAGACAGAAAACUUCUUCAGGAGGACAAAGCCCUAUGGGAGGAAGAAAAGGCCCUGUGGGUAGAGGAAAGAGCACUCCUUAAGGAAGAGAAGGCCCUAAGGGAAGAUAAAAUGUCCCUCUGGGAAGAAGAGAAUGCCCUCUGGGAGGAAGAGAAUGCAUUCUGGGUGGAAGGCGGACAUAUUGCUAUGGAGCAGAUGCUGGAAGACAGGCCUCGAAUACCAGCAUUUUCCCGAGGCCCGGCAUAGUGAGUCCAGGAUGUGCAGAGCCAUGGGAUUCAGACUCUCCUGGAUUGGGACCCAAG